GUGUCCCUCAGUCCGCCGCUGGCUUCAGCAGAGUGCGGAGCGUCAACAGGAGGGAGCGCAUGGGGCCAUUAAAGUCUCAGCUAGGCGGAGCAGACUCACACUGCGGUGGUGCUCACUAGUGGGGAGAAGUCUCAACCUCCGUCAGACCUGAGCGGCGGAGUUGAGACUCACCUGGACAGCCUCAGCCGGAUGAAAGAGGCAGGGCUGCGCGCGGUGCGGACAACCAGCUCUGAGCGCAGUCUGCAGACAGGGAGCGGUCUGCACGACCUGUGCGUCUGUUACAAGUGCUUCAAGUGCUUUUUUUUUCUUUCUCCUUCUUAAUUUAAAGCAACAACCAGAGGAGAAAAGAGGACCCACCGGGGAUAAUUCAUCUCUUGGCUUCGGAAGGGGGAUGUAACCUGCUUCCAUGCUUCUGAGAGCAGCGUGAGGCGCACCUCCAGCCAGCCAGAGCAGAGUAAACUGAAGGGGCGUGCAGUUAAUUGAAAUCGACCCAGAGGUUUCUGUUUUUUGGAUGUGAAGCAGCAGCAUAGGUGUUUUCUCCUUCCCUCCUCCUCCUUCCCUUCCUCCCCCACUCUUACCUCCAACAUGACUUCCCUGUCGGGCACUAAGGAGAGGAGCAGCCGGAGCAGAAAAUGUGGGAUGUCUGACACAUCACCAACAAAAUCUGCCUCCUUUUUCCCGGAAACAUGGUACCGAAAGGCCUACGAAGAACCCACACGCUCCAGCACACGCCCAGCCCCAGAGGGUGCUGGCUCUAUGCCCAGCUCCACUGGCACCCCAUCCCCAGGCUCGGGGAUCUCAUCACCAGGAUCCUUCUCUGGAUCUCCAGGGACCACCUCUCCGGGUAUUGGGACAGGAUCUCCAGGGUCUCUAGGGGGCUCUCCAGGCUUCGGGACGGGAUCGCCUGCCUCAGGUAGUGGAAGUUCCCCUGGCAGUGAAAGAGUGAUCUGGUGUGAGAACUGCAACGCUCGGCUGACAGAGCUGAAAAGACAAGCGCUGAAACUGCUCAUCCCUGGACCAUACUCCAGCAAGGAUCCCUCCUUCUCGCUCCUCCUCCACGAUAAGCUCCAGGUGCCAAACAGUUCUCGACAGGCCUGGAAUGAGCGUGACAGUCGCUGUGAUGUCUGUGCCACGCACCUCACUCAGCUGAAACAGGAAGCUGUGCGUAUAGUCCUUACGCUGGACCAGUGGGAUUUGUCUCCCACUUCUUCUCCUCCUGUUCUGAUUGCACGAUCUCAUGGACCUACAGGAAAAACAGGAGCAUCUGGAGCACCAGGAGGCCAAGUAUCACGAGAAUGGUCCCCUUCAUUUUUUCCCUCAUUAUCCUCUGCUACUGCUUCAUAUUCAUCCUCACAAUCACCUUCUCCAAGCCCGGGCCAGACCCCAACACCAAGCCCAAGUCAUGGACCACCCAACCCAAGUCAGGGAGGUCCCUCAGGACCACAAAUAUCUAACUGUGUUUUAACAAACACACAACUUCAAGGAGCAGGACACAGACUAGGGUCCAAACCCAGCUCCUUGGGUCUGGGAUCUGGUGUAGACAAACGGAGCGGGUCUCCCAGUGCAGCAAAAUCUUCUGGUACACAGCAGCCACCUACUGGAAUAAACAGCCCCACCAAUAAUGGUGGCAACAGCAGUAAUAACAGUAGUGGAGCUGCCCUGAGUUCAGCUGCACUGCAGCAGAACCGGACCAACGGCGGGGUUAUCCUCUAUCCAUAUCAGAUCUCCCAGAUGAUCACUGAGGCCUCGAGAGAAGGAGUGAGUGAAGCUGCCCUGAACCGCUACAACACACACUCCCCUGCACACACUAAUUCACCCUCACACACCAGCUCUGCCUGCAACACUUCAGCUGUAACCACCACAGCACCGACCUCCACCUCUGCUGCUGCCUCCUUCUUUGCCAGAGCUGCCCAAAAGCUGAACUUGGCAUCCAAGAAGAAGAAGCAGAAGACUCUGACUGUCUCAGCUCCAGUUGCAUCUUCACCUUUGUCAUGUGAUCCGCCUCUGUUCCCAACAACUUUCAGCUCUGCCUUGUUGAAGUCACCUCCACCUGCCCCACCUUGCCUCCUCCGUGCAGCCAAUAAGAUCAAAGAUAAUCCUGGACUUGGAAAGGUUAAGGUGAUGGUGCGAGUGUGCCCAGUGUCUCGAUCCGACGCAGCUGAGUCCAGUUCCUUCUUGAAGGUGGAUGCCAGAAAGAAGCAGAUCACCAUCAUGGACCCGUCAGCAAACCAGACACCAAGUGCUGCCUCACAGAAAAAAGCAGGAGCCAAUCAGGUCCCACCCAAGAUGUUCACCUUUGAUGCUGCAUUCCCACCUGAUGCUUCCCAGGCCGAGGUGUGUGCAGGAACCGUCGCUGAGGUCAUUCAGUCUGUGGUGAACGGCGCUGAUGGCUGCGUCUUCUGCUUUGGACACUCCAAACUGGGAAAAUCGUACACAAUGAUUGGCCGUGAUGACUCGCUCCAGACUCUGGGUAUUAUCCCCUGUGCCAUCUCCUGGCUGUUUAAGCUCAUCAACGAAAGAAAGGAGAAAACAGGAGCGAGGUUCUCUGUUCGUGUCUCUGCUGUGGAGGUGUGGGGAAAGGAUGAGAACCUAAAGGAUUUGCUGUCUGAGGUGGCGACGGGAAGCUUACAGGACGGGCAGUCACCUGGAGUUUACCUGUGUGAGGACCCCAUCUGUGGCAUGCAGCUCCAAAACCAGUCUGAGCUCCGUGCUCCCACCCCAGAGAAGGCUGCCUGGUUCCUGGACGCGGCCAUAGCAGCUCGCCACAGCAGCCAGCGACCCAACACUACAGAGGAAGAGCACAGAAACUCUCACAUGCUGUUCACCUUACACCUCUACCAGUAUCGCAUGGAAAAGGCAGGCAAAGGAGGGAUGUCAGGAGGUCGCAGUCGUCUCCACCUGCUGGACCUGGGCAGCUGUGAUGUUAAAGCACUUGAAGGAGAAGGAGGAGGAGGGAAAAAAAAGGAGAACUCCUCGGCAUCUCUGUGUCUAUCUCUCUCCGCCCUUGGGAAUGUAAUUCUAGCCCUGGUCAACGGGAGCAAACACAUCCCAUACAAGGACAGCAAGCUGACCAUGUUGCUAAGGGAGUCGCUAGGCAACAUGAACUGCCGGACCACCAUGAUUGCUCACAUCUCCGCCUCACCCAGAGAAUUCUCAGAAACCCUUUCCACAAUCCAGAUUGCUUCACGUGUCCUCCGGAUGAAAAAGAAGAAAACUAAAGUCACGGUGCAAUAUACAUCCAGCUCCUCUGGAGGAGAGAGCUCCUGUGAGGAGGGUCGUAUGCGCCGGCCGACCCACCUGAGGCCCUUCCAUCACCGUGGCGACACUGACUCCGACCUGCCGCUUUUGCGACUGUCCAGCGACCCAGAUGAAUACUCCAGCAGUGAGCAGUCAUGUGACACUGUGAUCUAUGUGGGUCCAAACGGAGCUGCCGUGUCAGACAGAGAGCUGACAGACAACGAGGGACCUCCAGAAUUUGUACCGAUUAUUCCGGCUUUGCUUCGAGGAAAAACAUCUGAGCAGCAUCAGGCGCCGAGUCAAACUCAAGGAGCUGGAGCACAGAUCAAGUCCCAGGCAGACGAGCAGCCCAGCGGUCCCUCUCAGCCACCGUCGCAGCCAUCUCAGUCCCUGCUUGGUCAGCCGUUGGCCCCUGUCCCGGAGGAGGGAGCCGAAUGCUUGAAGUGCAACACCUUUGCUGAGCUGCAAGAGAGACUGGAUUGCAUUGACGGCAGUGAGGAGGUGGCAAAGUUUCCUUUUGAAGAGGUUCCAGCAAGCAAACAAAGUGCCAAACAAGAGUCAUGUCUCCCCUCAUCUGUUCAGUGCCCUGCUGCAGCUCCUGGCCCUGCAGCUGUGCUGGACACAGGCACCAAAAUAGGUAUUAGCGCUGAUGAAUGUGUUACUCCUGGUUUUUAUUCAUCAGCAGCAGCGUCCAAGAAGAGAAGCAAUGAUCAGCAACUGCAGGAGAUCAAGGAGGUGGUGGAGGAGGCAGAGCUGGCCCAGACAAUGAUCCACAGCCUGGCUCAGGUUACUGGAUGCCCCAUAGUUACCCGCUCCAGGAGCGUAACAGGAAGCAGCAGCGGCAUCACCUCUAACCCCCUGCAAAGAGCCAAGAGCUCCCACUUACAUGACAGCGGUGAGAAUCUGAAUGUGGUCAGAAAUGUCGAGGGGAAAGGACGCCCUCUUGGAUCGCCACGCCUCGGCAUCGCAAGUCUGACCAAAACCUCAGAGUACAGACCUCCAUCGUCCCCCUCUCAGAGGAGUAAAGUGUAUACUCAGAAAGGUGUGAUGCCAGCAACACCCCCUCUGUCCUCACACACUCUGGCUCAGGACAUCCAGACCUCAGACAACAGUUUGGCAGCUGACAGUGGACGCUCCUCAACAGAGUCCCUGUUGUCCAGGACGUCUCCUGCAGGUAUGAGUCCACAAGUUCGAGAGACAACUCCUCCUCUGUCUGCCAGCCUGGGUUCAGCUGAGACGCUCUGUGAUGAUGACGUCCCGCCAAUACCUUUGGACACGCACAAGGAUGUAGAAUCUGUAGGAGCUAGUGGACCUGUCCUGCUGGGGAAAGAGGAACUGGUCUACACUGUAAUCCCUAGUGGUGAGGAAGACCUUGUUGUUACGGCUCUUAUUGAAGCUCGCAGCGUGGCUGGCCGUCCAACAAGCAUCAUCAGCUUCAACAGUGACUGUGGCUCAGAAGCUGCGCUUGCUUCAGACUCUCAACCCAUCAACAUCGUCUGUGGUACCGAUUCAGACGGACCUGUAGAAAAUUCUCCCAUCGCAGCGGGGCUUACGACUGCCUCUGAGGUGGUUGCCAUGGCAGAGGUGGCUAUGGCCAAGCUGCGGACUGGUGAGCCCUUAGCCAUAGGGAUGUCUAUUUCCGGUUCAACCAUCUCCUCCUGGAUGAGUGAUCUAAGCGCGGCCAGUGAGGCUGAUCAGUCUCUCAACAGUUUUAGUCAAUCUCAGAGCCAACAAGGAGAAGCCCUGGCUGAUCCUGAGAGUAGCUUUGGUCUUGAAGGUUUGAGUAGUUGUGAGAGUGAAGAAAGCUCAAGAAGAGAAAAUCUAGAAGGAGAGUUGGUACUGUCACAGAACACAUCUGAUAAAGGUACAGCAAAUAAAGACAGGCUGAGAAAACUCCCUCCAUCAAUGGCUAAAACCACCAUCCAAAUCCUAGCAGGGCCUGGAAACCACUCUCCUUUCAAAAGUACCAAAAAUGUUCACCCUUGUGUGGCAGUCAAACCCAUGGUUAUACAUGAGCCCACAAUCCUCCCCUCACCCACAAAGACCCAGUUUAUGAAAGACCCCAUAAAACCCAACUCGGAAAUUUUAGCCUCUAUUUCCAGUGAGAUGAGUUUUGAAGACCCCUGGUUGAAGCGUGAACUGGAGGAGGGAAUGUCCUGGGACCUUGUGUGUGAGGUGAAGCCAGAGGUGAGGGAGGUGCACCCUUUGAAGAGCCCCCCAGGAGAGAAAGGCACAGGUGAAAAUGGAGUUCAUCGUGGCUUCUGCAGGAAUGGUGGUGAUUACUGCAGCUCUGGUUUGAGCAAAGAGGUGGUGUCAUCUCCUGGUUCUUUUAAGAGAGUGGUGGAUGGCUGUGAGAUGGUUGCUGUUGUUGCCCAAGGGGAAUGCCUGACUGGUAUCUAUAGCCCAGAUAUCCACCGCACAGGCAGUCUCCCUCGUGGGUGGCACCGUCUCAACCUCCAUGAUGGUCUAGACUGCGGAAUAGAGUACCAUAACCUUGGCGUCACCACGUCAACUCCUUGCAGUCCCCGUGCCACCCUCGAUCGAUCCAGCGGAAAACUAGGCUUUUUCUCUCACAGGAAGGGUGGAAUUCCACCUCUUCCACCAGUGAGGAAAUCCAGCCUUGACCAGCGAAACCGGGCAGCCAGUCCUCUCCACAAUCUCAGUCAUGGAGCGUCUUCAGCGAGCGGCACGGCAGAUAAUGCUGGGGCAUCUGGAUGUGCUCCUGCAGGAAUCAGUAGACAGCGCGGCUCCAGCAUAGACAGCAGCAGACUCUUCAGUGCCAAGCUGGAACAGCUAGCUAACAGAACAAACUCUCUGGGCAGAGCCCACGGCUUACACGGUGGUUCCCACCACUACGACUGCUUCUCCCUGGAGAGAGGUGAGAGUCUCAGAGGGGGAGGAGGGGCAAGGGGGGACACUACCAUGCCUCGUACUGGACGUAGCCUCACUCGUGCUGGAUCAGCAUCUUCUCCCACUGGGAACUCCAGCAGCACUAUUUUCAGUGGAAGUACCAGUCCAAGCAGCGCUCCACAGUCCCCAGCCAAGACCAGCAGCCAAAUAAAGAUAUCAGCUGUCAGUAAGCUGCUAAUGACCAGCAGUCCUAAAGCCAGGAGUCUUUCUGCAUCCAGCACCAAGACCCUAAGCUUCUCUACCAAGUCUUUAAACCAGACAGCCAACCGCAGCUCCAGCCUCCCCCCCAAUGGAAAGGGUUCAGCCCAAAGUCCCGUUCAGCAGCAAGGACCUGCCACCAGCUCGUGGUCUACCCAGUCUUUGAGCCGAAGUCGAGGAGGAAGCCUCACAGCCAAACUGCCUUUACGGGCCGUCAACAGUAGGAUCUCAGAGCUUCUCCAGGGGAGCGCAGGAUCCCGAUCCAGGAGUCAUGUGCAGGGAGGAGACACCGAUCGAGCUGAGGAAAAGGAUGCUGCAGGGUCAAGUGGGGGUGGAGCGGGAGGAGACAGUCUGGGAGAGGAGAAGGCAGCUGUGGUACAAACACUGCCCUCUCCCUACAGCAAGAUUACAGCCCCAAGAAAAGCACACCGCUGCAGCAGCGGCCACGCUAGUGACAACAGCAGCGUACUGAGCGGCGAGCUGCCACCAGCCAUGGGCAAGACGGCCUUGUUUUACCACAGCGGAGGCAGCAGUGGCUAUGAAAGCAUGCUAAGAGACAGCAGUGAGAACACAGGAAGCACCUCCUCUGCUCAAGACUCCCUCAGUGAGCACAGCUCAGCUACCACCUCCUCCCGACGGAGCUCCAAGAGCAGCAAGAAGAGCAGGAGCAACACAGGCCUCCAGCGCCGACGUCUCAUCCCAGCUCUGACCUUGGACUCAUCUUCUACUUCACCUUCUCAGCGCUCCUCCAAACAGGCCAUCACUUCCUCUUCUUCAUCCUCCUCCAGUCCAGGUGCAUGCUGGGUAGAUGGCCCGCUGGGACCUCCAGCGGCCUCCAACCAUCGGGGCGCUGCCACAAUGGAAACUUUUGAGAUCAAAGUGUAUGAGAUAGAUGACGUGGAGCGACUACAGAAGAGGAGGGGCAAAGGAGGCAAGGAGGUGGUGUACGUCAGUGCCAAGCUUCGCCUGUUGGAGCACCGCCAGCAGCGGAUCAGUGAAGUCAGAGCCAAGUACCAGUGUCUAAAGAAGGAGCUGGAGCAAACCAAACAGCACCUGAUGCUGGAGCCACACAAAUGGACCACUGAGUUUGAGCUGCAGCAGCCCUAUGAUGUGGACUCAGUGGAGUACCUGGAAGCUUUGGAAACAGUGACGGACAAACUUGAGACCAGAGUCAACUUCUGCAAAGCUCAUCUCAUGAUGAUUACCUGCUUUGAUGUCUCCUCAAGACAUCGGUAGACAGAUCAGAAGAUGGAGGAGGAAGAGCUAUUUAAACCCUAUUCUCUGAUGGAUCAAACAUGCUGAAAAGAUAAUAUCUCUAACGACAAGUACUUGACCAGCAAACUGGGUGAUUAACGGCACGGAGAAAACCCUGGAUUAUGAUUCUUGACAUGUAAGUAGACUAAAGGACGGAUGAAUGAAUAAAUAAAACAAAGAUGCACAGAAAUAAGAUACAUGCACCGAGACAGAUCAUCUUUAGACAAUAAAAAAUAUCUUAUGAGCCAUUCAGUUGAGUAAAAAUGGCGUGAAGUGGUGGAAAGAUGAAGAAGGUGCGAUUGUGAAAAGAAAUACAGAAAGAAACAAAGAUGCCUCAAAGACUGAUUGGAACAAUUAAGAAUGUAGAAAGAAACAAUGUUGUUUGAAAAACCGAUGGAAAAACCUUUUCCGGUGUUUUGACUGUAAAUGUGCUCACCACUGAACGUAGACGCCGUAUUCUCGUGCAAAGACUCACCAAGACUGACAGAUAAGUGCCUUGUGAACAUUCCUAAUAAAACCAACACCAGUCCUCUUUCUCUCUGGUUUUUUAUGUACAUGUUUGGUGCUAGCAUAGAACAAAACUCCAUAAAAGUCAGUGUCCUUGAAUUUUCAUUUUUCAAUUGCGUCAUUUCCUAAUGUGAUGAUUCAUCUGUGGGUCGGUGUUUAAACAUGAUGAGGGAAAUAUAAUCAAAUCGACUGUUUCAGUGUGUGGUGAUGUCAUGAAAGAUUAAAAAAAUGAAUAAACUGAAACAGAAUAUUUAACCCUCCCACUGUCUUUAUGGGUGAGUGUGCGAGGAAAGUUGACCAUUGAGCAGGAUUGAUAGUUUAUCCCUUGAGGUUCACGUGGCAGGGGUGAGGUGGUGCUCACUCCUCACCGCUGCCACAUGGACCCAAGGGAUAAACCAUCAACCCUGCUCAAUGGUCAACUUUCCUCACGGGGUCACACCCAUUAGGACAGUGGGAGGGUUAAGAGACCUGCAGUACAAAAAAAUCAACAUCAAAGAGCUAAAAUUAUAAAAUGUAACGAUAAAAAUUCGGUGAAAGAAUUUAUGUAUGCUUGGACCUCACAAACGAAGCCCAUCUGAGUUAUAACCAUCUGUAUUUUAUUCCCUCAAUACAGAUGCAAUGUUCACAAAAGGCUCGUGUCCACCAUCGAAACUUCUUUGUAAUUAUACCAGACCUUUUCGGCAUGCGCUUUUCUACAAUUCACCGAGCCGACCCAAAAGGACCAUUUUCUGGGCCAUUUCAGGGACCAACCGAGUACCUGAACUGGGGUUUGUACUCAGAAAUGCCCCGGUAGAGUCGCUGGGCAAGACUUGUGGUUAACUCAUGCUGAUUGGUUAUAACUCAUUGGGAAAAGACAUUGGCAGAAGACGCCAAACAGUUGGACGAGAUGCUGGUUAAGCAGAAUGGAAGAAAAAGAAAAUAGGCCGCAUUGAGACUGCUUUAAAACUGCAGUUUCUAGAUCUCCAACACCAAAAUAUGCAGUGGAAGUCGCCCGAACGCUGAAAUUAACACAACUGCAGAUCACCGCUUUUAAUAUCAGAUGCUCUCCCAAUCCCUAGAAAGCAUUAAAUUAUAAAGUUUUUCGAUAGAACAAAACAUCUUUAAUGUUAAGAAAGUCCAAGGAUGCCUGAUGGCGCUGAUCAGUGAUGUCACUCACUGCUGAAAUUAUCACGAUAUGCUGACGUCUUAGCUAAGUCCUGAAAGGGACGAUUUUGUAUGGAGACAAUGGCUGAGAGGGCCAGGCCAGCGUAUUUUCCAUGUUACCAUCACCCCUCUGAGAAAUUUCCCAGAAUUUCUAUAGUAGAAACGCAGCUAAAGGAAAUUAAAUGUCUCAAAAGAGUGGAAGUGAAAAGAUCCCUCUCUGACCCUGAGCAUCGGUUAACGGACGGACAGACUGUCCUCUAUUUGUAUCUAUGUGGUUCUGCUUUAUCCUAAAAGAAAAUGAAUGAUUUGUCAAAAUGUGUGUUUUAUAAUAGUUUCCAGUUUUUUUUUUACUUGGGUAGAAUGGGACCAUGUGGAGAUUAUUUAUGAAAAUGUAAAAAAAAAAAACUUUUGAAAUCAACACACUGAUAUUCAGUUUUAAUCCUGUUUUAAAAGAGUAAAUAAAACCAGGAUUAGUUUUCAGGUGUUUGAAUUGUUUGAGGAUUGCAUCCUGGGAUUGUAAAGAAAUAUUAAUCAUGCAUAUAAGAAUGAAAUAACAGCUAUUAAAAUUGAUAUAGGAAGAAAUAAGCUUAGAAAGUAAUCAUAGAUCUCUGCCUGGUUCCAUUAAGUCUGGAUGAAUACAAAUAUUUGUUCAUAUUACAAUCUAUGGUGCUUGAGAUGUUUAUGAUCUAAAUGUUUGUACAAAUAUAAGUAUACAAAAGAGCCUGUUUCCCUCUAAAGUACGGAAGACCCUUCAUGUGCUUCUUUUUACAUCAGAGGCCAUCACCAUGGUUACCCAUGCUGUAAUCAAACUCUCCAAUAGCUUUGCCCUGCGAGCAGACAACAAAUCCUCUCUGAGGUCUAAAACUACUCUGUGAUUUCUAUCCAAGCGUGGCUGUUUCAAAUCUCAAAUGAAAGUUGUUUUGUGUGCAGAAAAUAUUACAUUAAUGUAAACUAGUGGGGAAAUUACCCCAGAGCAGAGGUGAUUUGUAUUAACUGGACUUGAAAGUGUUUUCCUAACAGCCAUGUAAAUACUCCUCAACAUGCAAGUCGAGUGAAAGUUUAUUUAUUUUCAGCUCAGCAGAGCAACGUUGUCAUGUUUCUUAUUUAUGUUCAACCUUUGAUCCUGAGAAGUUACUAUGCAUUCAUGAACAAUAACUGUACAUAUGUUUCUGAGCCCUUGUCAUAUUUAAGUCUAUGAUACCAUGUGUAUGCACUCAUUUUUAUGUUGUAUAUAUGUCAUUGUGUUGAAUAGUUUGCACCUGCUGAUCCUGUUCACCCUCUGGUUGGCUCACAUUCAGGUUCUCUAUGUAAACAGUAUUUUUAAAAAGCAAUGCUGCUGUAUUGGAUUCAAACCAAAUUAAUCAGGAAAGAAAUGAUAAGACUUUCAGCUCUAACUCAAGAUAUUUAGAAAUACGUGAUUUACAGGCACAAUAAGUAAGAAUUUCACAGUUAAAUAAUCACAAAACAAUGUCUCAAUUAUGUUGGUAGAAAGGUUACAUUGAAACAGAUUUCAUUCUCAGCAGGUUGGGGGGUUAUUUUAGUUUUCCUGUUCUUAAAAAAGUCAAAGAGGGACGUAGCUACAGUUUACAAUCUGUGGGUCUGCAGAGUUGCCGAGUCUGCAUCGACACAAGCCAGCAAAAAGUUCCCGAGCUGUGGCCGGUAUGUUAACCAGUAGUCCAGAGAAGGAGCAGUCCAGAUGUAUCUUUUGUUUUACUCUAAUAUCAUGUAAAGAAUAUCGUGUAGGGGCGACGGUGGCACAGGAGUUAAGUGCUCGCCUCGCAAUCGGAAGGUCGCAGGUUCGAGACCCGCUCAGUCUGUCGCUGUCGUUGUGUCCUUGGGCAAGACACUUAACCCACAUUGCCUGCUGGUGGUGGUCGGAGGGACCGGUGGCGCCUGUGCUCGGCAGCCUCGCCUCUGUCAGUGCGCCCCAGGGCAGCUGUGGCUACAUUGUAGCUCAUCCCCACCAGUGUGUGAAUGUGUGUGUGAAUGGGUGAAUGACUGAUUGUGUUGUAAAGCGCCUUGGGGGGUUCCAGGACUCUAGAAGGCGCUAUAUCAAAUACAGGCCAUUUACCAUUUCAAAGAAUGCUAGAGAACAACUUUGAGCUAACAAUGCUAACAGUAAAUUAGAAACAAAGAAAGAAUAGAUUUACUCAUUAACUUACUGUGUACGACUCAUCUUCGCUCGUCGUCUAAAAUCUUCUGGCGCUGAGUUGUAAAUGGCAACAGCCAUGAAGCUCACGGAACGGGAGUGAAAAAGUCACUUGUUUAUUUAGAGAAUGGGCUAAACUAACCCUAACCCAAACUUGACCACUGGAUAUCUCUCUUCAGUCUAACAUCAUGCACCUUUAAGGAAUAACAUUGAUGCUUUCAUGAAAGUAAGUAAAAAGGCUUUAUGGGGAAUUACAGGCCUACCAAAGCACAUUUUAUACUGUGGCACAGGAUGGUUACACAGUAAAAGGCAGUAUUAGAAACUGGACGAAAAAAAUGUCAUUUCUUUAUAUAAAGGUGCAUGAAUAUUUUCUUGAAUUAAUGCUGGAAGUUUACAUUUUCAUCUCAUCUUUAAUAUGACUCCUUAAAUAAAUUUGUUUAAAUACAUGUGAACCUGAGUCCACCAGAGAAAUAUAAAAAAAAACUGACCAGAAGUCAAAAAAAAAAAAAAAUUAAAUGCCUUUUAUCUGGGGAAACUGACAUGAUUCAAGCAUUAAGAUGCUAUGUGGAAGGAUCUUUCUUUAAUUUAACACUGCCAAAUUUACUGAGAUAACACUUUAUAAUUCAAGCAAUAACUGAGGGUUCAGUGUUCUUAUUUAGAGCAGACUGGUGUGUCUUAAAACAAGGUGCUCACCAAAAAUAAUCUCUGAUCCCAAAUUAUAAAGUGAAGAAUGUGCUGUUUUGCAGAGGCAUCUAAGAAUUAUCGUGUGUUAUCUGAAAACCUGACACAUAGCAUCUUUAGGUUUUUAAGGGGGACUGUGUGGUUCUGUCGAGGUGAGACCACAUUCAUCCAAAACAGACACCCUGAUUAGUAUAAAAUCAAACUUUGCUUCUUUGAAGCUAAUUUAUAACUCUUUUUGUUUUUGGUUAAUCAGAGAAAAGUUUUAAAUUUUGAUAAAUUCCUAUAUUACAGCCAGUCAAUAAUUCUCACAUGAGAAAACACGAUGCAACGUUUUAUGUUUACUUGACUUUUAAAACAAAAAUAAUUUAAAACUGUAAAGAAGAUCUUCUGUUUUUGUGAAAUAUGGUCUGGCAUAAUGUGUUGAUGGAAAAUAAAGAUGGAGGGAUGUAAAUAAAGGAAUGUAUUGAAAGAGUUUAAAAUCA